CUUUUAAGCUUAAAUUCCUACUUCAAAUUUUUAUAGGGUUUGCAAUUCGUUUAUCUCUCUCUCUCUUUUCUCCCAUGGAUGCAUACUCUUCUUUUACAUACCUCAUUUUCUUCUUAGUUGUUGUCGUUUUUCUCCCUGGCAAAAAUUACUGCGUCGCCGGCACCACUGAUUCUCCGAUCGGCUUCUUCUCAUGUCAGAUAGUAGGUUGCUCUUCCACCUUUCCAUUUCUUUUCCUCUUAGGAAAGCUAUUCCCUUAUUGGCUUAUAAAGCUCAAGGAGAGUAAAAAUUUGAGAUUUAUGUCAAGUAAGCGAUUCUUCUCGAUCUGCAUACCAAGAUCAAAGACCAGACUCCAAAAUUGCAUUGGAGAAACAAAUGGUUAGAGAUCCAAUAGAUAAUAAAGAAGUUGGCUAUGACGAGAUCAAUCAUCCCUAAACAUUUGAGGGUCUUGAGGAGAAAUUCCUUGAAUACAUUAUGAAACUGACCAAAGAACAAGAAGAAGCUGAUUUCAAGGAAAAUACUCCGCAUAGAGCAGGUUGGUUUUUUCCUUUACUAAAGCGCAGUGCAAAGCUUAUGAUUUGCUCGAAGAAGGCGGGAAAUGGAAAUGAUCUCUAUCUAGAUAAGGACUUGGAAAAUAUCAUCCAUGCUUGGUCAAAUCAGCUUCCCUUCCCAUUUUCUAUUUAAUGCUUUUGUUUAUUUAUAUAUGUAAAUGUUCAAGUGGAAGGAUCAGCAUUUGGAAGGAGGGCAGAGUGCAUAUGGAUACGGACAACUUUAUGUAGAAAAUAUCGAGUUUUUAGUUCAUGAAAAUUAUGUGAUUGUAGGUUUGCACAUCAGAUGAAACAUGUAGACUGACAAAAGUCAGUGAAGUUUUUGUUUAUCAGAACUUCAGCAGGGUCCCAGCUGAGAAUGUGGAGGCUGGAGAUAUUUGUUCCGUUUGUUGAAUAAAUGAUAUAAUGAUUGGAGAGAUAAUAGCUGAUAAAAGCUCUGGGAAAGCACUAGCCACCGUCAAAGUGGAGGAACCGACAGUAAAAAUGUCUUUCUCCAUCAAUAUUUCUUCCUUUGUUGGUCGGGAGGAGGCUUUUGUGGAUUCCAACUGUGAUGAAAGCCUUAUUUUUGAGAUGCUGGAUUUUAAAAAAGUGACCGAAGAUGAUUCAAGUGUUGUUUGGUUUUUACAGUACAUCGCUCGUGAACAAGAUGAAGAAGAAAGCACGACUAUUUCUAAGGACAACCAAGGAAUGGAAGCACCAAAAAGUGUGCGGGUUUAUUUGAGAAACUUCUCAAGGAAGUUGGCACUGAUGUGCUUAUUACUGCAUAUGAGCAAAUUUUAAAAAAGUAAGGCUCAACCUUAUUUUAUGUUUAUUUGAGAUUUGUUUAAUCGGCCCCUAUUUAUUAAUUGCCUACCUAGCUAAUAUGAAAUCGGGCAUAAAAUCCAUAUGUUGCUUCACUCCAUAAAACAUGUAGUCAUAGAGUUUCCAGGAGGAACUAGCUUUAGUAUUUAUCUAUCAAUUAUGUAAUUUUUUUUAUUCUUGGCAUGUACAUUCUCAUUGUUAAGAUAGAUAUGCAAAAGAGUUUCCGCUCACAAUAUGGCUUUAUUAGGGAUCAACAUUAAGACAUUUUAUAUUUUGAUUAUUGUGAUGUUUGAUUCGUCCUUCCUUUUAUAAUCCUAGGUUCAGCUAGAAAUAUCUUCUCCUACUCGCCACCUUCCUUUUAGUGGCAUUGCAUGUUUAAAAACGAUAUUCAGAACUAGGGCCUUAUAUUGUAUACUUUUCAUUCAACUCGCAUA